GUCUCAUCUAUCUACCCAUCCAUCCAUCCAUUUAUCUUGUCGAAUAUUUUCAAAGCUUGUUGUCUGGCACUCUUUGACUAAUACUACUGACAAUCUCUCUACAACAUUUUUGGACAUAAUUUGUCAGAUAUGAUUUCAUGCAAAAGAAUAUAUCAUUGCUUAUUUCAUAUCCUAAUCAUUAUUACAUGCGUGAAUUAUAGUUUAUGUUAUAAAAUUCGAGUAAAUCAUCAUUAUCCAUCAUUAUCUCCAUCAUCAGAAUUGUCAACCUCUUCAAAGCUUACCAUACCAUCGCUGCUGACGCCUCAAAUUCUAACCGAUGAUGAAUAUACUACAUCAUAUAGACAUCCAGGUGAUUUGGAUGAAGGAAAUGAUGACCAGAGUAGAUAUGGAAGACAAGAUUAUCCUGUGUACAAAAAUAAUUAUCGACAAUAUCCCAAGGUGUAUAAACGUCUUGAUUUAAGCGAUCUAUCUAUUCACAGUGAUAUGGCAUUCUUAAAAAAAUUACUUGAUCGGAAAAAUGAUCACCUAUUGAAACUCGGCUAAGUUUCUUCUUCUUAUUAUUACUAUUAUCACUAUGGAACUUCUGAUUACUUCACUAUUCUAUGUUGAUUACUGAAAUACUGUAAAACACUACUCAAAAAUGAUUGUCUUAACAGAUUUAAACGCUAAAACAAAUACAAACAAAAAUGGGAAAGGACUAAUGAAUACAAAGAAAAUUAAUCAAAUUAAUAUUUAAUGUUCUAAUUUCAAUAUCAAGCUUGUUUCGUUUUAUUGGGUUAGUGC